AUUCACGUUCCCAACAGCUGUGAGUUGGGUUCCCGCGGUGAAGUGGUCGAGGAGGCAGAGUUUGACGAUCUCGUAUUCGUCCGUGACCCGGCCGAGCUGAGGAAAGACCCACACACGUGCUUCUUUGAGGGAGAACAUCAUGCACAUGGAUCACAGUGGACACCGCAGUACAACACCACUCUCUCUAUAUCCCUGCAGAAGAAGACAGUGAUCUGUGAUCCUGUGAUCUGUCCCGCGCUCUCAUGUCCUCACACCAUCCAGCCUGAAGACCAGUGCUGUCCCAUCUGUGACGAAAAGAAAGAAUCCAAACAGACGACUGCAGUAGAAAAAGUUGAAGAAGAUCCAGAAGGCUGUUAUUUUGAAGGUGAUCAGAAAAUGCACGCACCUGGCACAACAUGGCAUCCGUUCGUCCCGCCAUUCGGUUACAUCAAGUGUGCAGUGUGUACCUGCAAGGGCUCCACAGGAGAAGUGCACUGCGAGAAAGUGACGUGCCCGCCUCUCACCUGCAGCCGACCAAUCAGACGCAACCCUUCAGACUGCUGUAAGGAGUGUCCUGCUGAAGACACGCCCCCUCUGGAGGAUGAUGAAAUGAUGCAGGCGGAUGGAACGCGCCACUGCAAAUUUGGCAAAAACUACUACCAGAAUAGCGAACACUGGCACCCUCGUGUCCCGCUGGUGGGAGAAAUGAAGUGCAUUACCUGCUGGUGUGAU